AAAUGAGGAGAAGGACAAAUGAUUUUCCGGUUGAUAAUUGAAAAGGUAGGAAUUUUUUAUCUAUAAAAAUCAUGUAACACUUCGCUUUUCACUACUCACUCAAACACCAAAUUUUCGUAUUAUUUUGUUAUUUGAUUUAUACAUCUGUUGAGCUCCCAAACCCUUAGGUCAAGGUUGUUCAAAUAGGCUUUCCUCUACCACCUUUCGCGCCAACCUCAAAAACUCAAAUCUAAUACAUAUGUCAAAAUUGAUUAUAACCAUGUAAAAAAUGGACUAUAUGGAGAUUUCUAGUACCUCCGGAAUCUCAAAAAAGGCUGCCACAGACCUUUAUCGACAGAACAUUAAUUCCGAAGAUGACUUAAAAUCAUCGUAGUGUUUUUAUCCAGAUUUAUCUAUGAUCUCUACAAUACCAGCAUUGUUUUCAAUGAGAUUUUGUCUUAGCCUGAUCUUAAUGCGUCGUUUUGGUAGAGAGUCUCAUUCGCUGCGCGCCGAGGCGAAGCUGAGAGGAUAGACUAGACCUUGUAAUGGCAUCUUCUCUCAGUGUUCUGCUGACUCUAAUGGCCCUAAAUGUUGCUACCCAAGGUGUGGAUGUGCCUGGGACUUGCCCGUUUUUCCCAAUUCCGGCUGAGUGUCCACCCUUUCCGGAAAAUGAUUGCGAAAGCGAUGACCAAUGUGCGAAAUCACAUCCGGGACUUGACUUGAAAUGCUGCAAAGACGGAUGUAGUCUACGCUGCGUCCCGCCAAUUCCUCCUCCAACUCCAGCGCCGCAGAGGGUAAUGGGUAUCACGUGAUCAUACCCACUCGCCACUUUUCAUCCAAUGUCCCAAGCGCAAUGUUCAUACUCAUACGAAAACGCCUUUUAUAUAUUCUAAUACAACUAAUA